CUCCCAUAACUUCUCUUUUCUUUAGAUUUAGCUGUCUCAAGCAGGGGGUGAAAUGUCUUUUAUACCAACACAUGACGCCAUAUGUUGCCAGCGAUGUGGGCUCUGGCUUCACAAAAAGGAAUUGUCCACAGUACAACACCUGCGUAUACUGCAAGGAAGAGGGACAUAUUGUAACAAAUUGCAAAAAGGCUCCCUCCAUGUGGUAAAUGCGGCAAAAAGGGCCAUCCAGAAAUUCGCUGUCCUUCGAAUCGGGCUGCACGCCUCCCUCCACGACUUAAAUAGGCGGACCAAGCCAAAAAAACAGAACGCAAGAGGAAGUUCGGACAUGAUAUGGAAGAGUCCUGCUCAAAUGUCAAUAUCACGGUGGUGUCUCCAAGGCAUGACGAAAAUAGUUGGUUUGCAAUCCCCCAAGAGAUUCGAGAUGUCUGACCUUUCGUUGCCGUACAAAUUCGAAUUUCCAGAUCUUAAGUCACUCUGCAUAGAUACUAUCACGGAGAUCCUGGAGAAUCGUCUACCUGGAACACGGUCGAACGAGUACCACCAAUUCAUCGAUGAGCAUCAAGGCGUACACGAAAUCACGGAAUCCCUGCUGGAACUUGUCAGCAGUGAGAUAAGGGGUCUCGAGGGUCGGGAAGUUUCGAGGACAACACUUGAUGUGGUCCGACAGAAGCAAUUUCAUGAUAAGCUCUGGGAUCAGCCUAUGGGAUAUGCAAGUGUUGUGACAGAUGGUCGGCUUCCAGCCUGGUGGCGCAUGCUUUGGCUGGCUCGCAAAGUAUUUGGGGAAGAUGAUGACAUUGAUAAGAUCCAAAUUCUUGGUGGUUCUCUUACUCGUGGUCUUUUGAUGGUGCUUCACGCGCUCCCAAGGCGAAAUGUCGGCGAGCAAGUCAAACCACUUUCUCGAAGACCUCAUCACUCAGAGGGCCUUGGGGUGAAGAGAGUCCGCGUCCAUGAGAGUUUUGACUCUGAGAAUUUCAAGAAAAUGAAGGAAAUGCUUCAAGACUGCGUCCAGAAAAGAGAGGAGGCGAUAGCAGAGCGCCUGUCUAGUUUGCCCAUUGAUAUCCCAGAGUCUGUCAAGCUCUGCUCGAUCGGAAAGGGUCAGCCUCAGAUGACCACGACGAUCGGAUCUUUCUUGCAGUUGGGCGAUGAGGAGGCUAAAUCUGUGACCGAGAUGCAGUCUUGGCUAGCUCAUCGCCAGUCUGAGGCGAUGGUGUUAAAUCAAGAGCUAUUAUCUUCGGAAGAUAACAAGUAUAAUUUGAUGUCUAUGAGUAGCUGUGAGGCUCGAGUUGAAGAUCUGGCACCUUUGAUGGAUAAUGCGAUUACAACCGGAUUUCUUGAUUCAGCAAUAGACCCCGCACCGAGCUUAGGAGACACUUUGUCGAACAGGAUCUCAUGA